CCAAUCAUCGUGCGGCGUUCAAGUAGACUGUUCGCCAAACUUUGCUGCUUCCCAGCCACUUCAUUUGUGUUCUCCGACUUGGUUUCCCCAACGUCAUUUCUUCGGCGCCUGUUUUCGCGAUGCUGCCGUCCCGAGCGGCCCGGAUACCGCUCCAUGUUGGCACUUUGGUCCGAGCGAGGUAGUGGUGAGGAGGAAAAGGACGAGGAAAAGAUGUUUGGAUGGCGCAUGUCCAUUGCGGUGACGCUGGGCCUUCUUUGGUACUUGACCGAGUCGGGUCGAACUCUGGCUCAAUAUUUUGUCUGCUUCUUCUUUUUUUGCCUUUCUGCGCCGCUGAUGCUAGCCAACAGCGGCCGGGAGAGCAGCACGCAAACCGACGACGACCCUCUCCAGGAGACUCUUGAUGAACGCUUGAGUAGCGACUUAUCUGCAGAAGGUAACGAUGACGACGCCAGGGGCUCUCUGGGGCGCCGCUAUCCUCAUGUCAAAAGAUCUCUGCAGCAUGUGUUCCACUGUGCCUACGCGCGGCUGGUGUUGCCGUGGUAUGACGUUCCCGAGCCGUGCGAGCGGCAGCCAUUGCGCCGGGCUCUGGGCGAGGAGUUUGACUAUGUCAUCGACAGCAUUAUCCAGUUCACGCGGGACUUGGAUGUGUGCCAAACGGUGGUGGGCUCCAUUCGCAUUCUUACGCAGCACUUGCACGACUCCAAGCAAACAGACAGGGAGCCUUUGUUGAGCUGCCGCACCGAGGAGAUGGCGUUGCUCCGUGAGCUCUCGGACGCUCUGGUACGGAACCUGCUGCCCGAACACCUGUGGUGCCAGCAAAUGACCCGCUGUGCCCUAAGUGAGAUAGUUGCUUUAAAGGGUUUGGGCCUGUUGGUGACAUGGCUGUCUGACCCUGACAACCUGAACCAGCUGGUGGUGAGCCAACUUGACAGCGUUUCUACUAAAGGUUCGACAGAAGAGCUAUGCGCUUCUGACCCAGACCAAAUCUCUCUGGCUUCGCAGGAGGAUGACACAGCUCAAGUGAACUUGGAGGGAGUGGAAGAAUCCACCAGCACCAGGAUCAAGGGCAAAGGCAAAGGCAACAAGUUCAAGGCGGGCUGGUCAAAAUUUGUGGACAAGAUGAAGACCAAGAAGGCAAAGAAAAAAAAGAUGAAAAAGCUGGAGCGGGAGCUGGUGAUGAGGAUCAUAGCGGCCCAGGGAGACGUGGCCAACGAGGACGAGGCCAGCAGCCGGGAGGGCUCCGUGCACAGCCAGCACGACUCCGACCAGGCGAGGCUUCCCCAUCAUUGCUCACUCCCUAAAUCACUAGAUUGGGAUUUCUAUAGACUGGAUUUUUUUAAGGAGGACAGCGAUCUGGAGAACUACCUGACAAGCGUCCAAGAGGACAUGAUGGAAUUCAAGCUGUCUUAUGAAAUGUGGCGCGUCGGCCGCUGGGCUGUCAGCAUCCCUCAUGCGGAGUGGGAAACUGAAGAGCUAAUCUUCACGGUUCACCUGGAGGAGAGGGACAGCCCUGAAAACCUCCAGUGGGACAUCAAGAAGAAAUACACAGAUGUCAUUCAUUUCAGAAACAGGUGGCAGGACUCCACCAGCUUGCCCAUGAUCUUGGAGGUCAAUGAGCUUGAGGUCAAUGACGAGGCUAAAGAAGCAGCAAAAGUUUCCGUGGAGCACUUCCUUCAGGAAUUAAUUUGUGACACGCUAAUUGGACACACGCAACCGGUGUUCCAGUUUCUGUGUCCACUGGACAAGCUGCUCAGUGAAGAGCAGCAUUACGGAGGCGUGUGGGGCCUGUUGAGCGGGUUGGCUUACUUCUUGACACCUGGACAAGAGGACGAAGAGAGCUCUACUCCGCCGACAGAACCCUCCAAAGAAAUCAUCACAUCCGCAGAAGGUUCAGAGAACUUCCCCAGUUCCUCUGAGACGAACUGCAUCGUUGGCGCCGUUUCACUUCCCACCAUCGUCAUAACCUCAUGUGAGACGCCUGAGGGAGACGACGAGGAAACCGAAAAGAAGCCGCGCCCACAUUUCAACUCAGACUCUUCCAUUGGAAGCUGUGCCCAGGAAAAAGGGGAGGAUUCCGAAAAUCCUUUAACGCACUUUAAAAUGAUCCUCAGGGGACUAACCCGAUCCAGAUCGCAGGAGUCUUUGGCCUCUCUCAAAAACCACAGCGACGAGGACGCAUCCCAGUUGGAGUACGCGUCGCCAAGCUGCAGCCGCGAAGGAGGCCUUCAUGGGGAGGAUGCCACCAAUGCCCCGUCGUGGUUGCACUUCAAUGCCAGGACUAAGAAAGAGAAGACAAGCCCCAGGUUGUCCUGUGGGACUUACAAAUUCAAAGGGAAGGAGCAGGUGGUCCCGGCCAAGGGGGAUGAGCCCAGGAGUCAAGGCACCUGGGAGCAGCUUGAGGCCACCAAAGCCAUUUUUGAUCUGCUCAAAGAAAUUUCAGGAAACUCCAUUCUCAUUAACAUAUUUGACGCCAUUUUGAAACCCGUCAUGCCCAUUUUGAAAAAGAAAGUCAACACCUUCUUGAACAAGAUGAACCCGAACGAGGAGCAGAUGGCGGCGUACAUCCAAACCCUAUGCGACAAAGCGUGGCCGCAGACCCCCGCGGCCGCUUCUCCUUCAGCGCCGCCGCCACCGCCUCGCACGGAUGACGAGAAAAGCGAGACCCGCGAGCGAGCGCACAACCUCAUCAGCACUCGAUAUUCGCACUAUCUGGUCCUCAAGAAGACGGACAUGGAGAACGUUUUUAAUCUCUUUCAGGACGCUGAGAAAAACAAGGCCCUUGUUUAUAUGCUGCUGUCAUUCCUCCUGCGAGAAUUAUUCCCUCACGAGCAUUCCCUGACCCGGAGUGCUGCCGCCCUGCAGAACGUGACCAACCUCAUCGCCUAAUCUGUGAAUUUUAUUUUAAUGCAGUGUUUUUUUUGGUAUAUACAGUAUAUCAUGUAUAAUUAUUUAUUAAUCACCGUGAAAUGCCUGAAACCUUCAAACCACCUCAGUGCCAGUCAGCAAUUUCUGAUGUUUUUGUUUUCUUUUACCUCAUAUUAAACAUGAAUGUGAAUUUUGGAUCAGAUUUUGUUUCAAAUGAAUAAUCGUUAUUUUUUGUGUGGAGGGGGAUUCCUGUUGCGACACUGUGAUUUUUCACCACAAGGAAGACUUUUCUUGCACGUUUUUUUUCCCCAUGAAUGUUUUGGUGUCACUUUUUCACACAUCAGUCGGUUGUCUUUUUGUAUCCUGAUCGGCAGGACUUAUUUCCACUAAGAGAUUGUCAUUGUUACAAAUCACAUCAACUUGAAAAGUGUCAAAUGUUAACUAUAUUGAAAUGUCAAGUUUCAGUGCCGUUUUUUUUUAAAUAAAACAAAAUGUCCACUUUU